UUGGGCACUAGACAUGGCGGAUGUUUGUGACUUGUGGUGUGAAAAGUCACCUGGAAAAACUCUUCAACGAAACGCGAAACAUCUCACCUUUUUAACAUGUGGUCAUCAUUAUAACGGCCACAUCACUACUCUUUUGUUAUCAUGCUAUGUCCACUUUGUUUGCAAGAUGUAGGUGAAGUAAACGAGCUAGAAUUCCACUACCUCGCAAGCUGCCCCGAAUAUAAGAAGGGGGGGAGAACAAGUGAAGAUAUAGAUAAUGAUGUUUUGGUUCGUUUUCGUUGGGCUACGAUGCGACAAUGCACACCAAAGCAAGUUCACUUCAUAAGUUCUUUGGCAGGAUCUGUGGCUCUUCGAUGGAAUGCUGUUGAGGGCAUGUUUGAGUCUUCAUUGCAAUAUGUCCCUCUUGGGUCCCACAUGGGUCAACUUGCUGUAGGAGAUGAUUUACUGCCAACUAGUGAAAUUUUGAUCACCCCUCAUAGUGAUGUGGUCUAUAUAUUUACUGCUGAUGAGCCGGAGAACUCAGACCAUUCAGUAACUUCAAAUCCUCCCAUGGAUGAAAAUGUGAAAUACAUGCAGCAGAAUGGUGAUGAUGAUAAGGACAUUCAUGGUGAUGAUGAGAGUUGCCAUGAUGCUGUUGGUAAACCAAAUGAAGCGGCUGACCUAAGCCCAUUAUACAAAGAGCUGCUUCACUAUCAGGUGAGUCACGGCGAGCCGUCCUGGGUACCAAGAAGCGGUGACAAUUCUCCCGUCCCCUCCCCCGAUGACUCGUUGUUAUGGUCCAUUCCACUGCCUGGCUUAGAAGACUCGGGUCUUUCGAGCCGAGAAACCGCUGACCAACAUCUAUACGAAGAGACUGCUGACCCCAAGCUAUACAGAGAGACCACAGACUACCAGUUUGACCGAGAGACCGCUGACUACCACUCUUACCGAAAGACUGCUGACCAAGAGCUAUACGGAAAGACAGCUGACCACCAGUCUGACCGAGAGCCCGCUAACCAAGAGUUAUACAGAGAGACUGCUGACUACCGGUCUAGCGCUGUCCAGCAGGCUCACCGGGAAGGCUCCCCUGUUUCACGCCUCCCUGGUCAUAUCUCUCCAGUGCGAAGCCCAACGUAUUCACGAGACCAAAGUAAUGAGACCUCGCCUUUGAGUUCCCGGAGCAGCUCACCAACUCAAGAUAAUAGACUGUCUGUAGACCGAGAAGACUCAUUUUCCGAGUACAGCUCUGGGUCUGAGGGGGAAGACCAGAAUACCGCUGGUCAGAAAUUGAUUGAUCAGAAUGCGUGUCUUAGUCGACAGAGCAGGGAAAGCGGGCCAACCUCCUUGAAAACAGACAGAGACAAAAUCAUAGGGGCUGAGAGAGCCCUAGCAGAAGACCCAUUGCCUGACGAGUCUUUCUCGCAUAACGGAACGUUUUUAACAUCAGAUCUACAAAUGGUGGAGAACACUUCAGUAUGCAACAAUGCCACCUCGCCUCGCUCAAUCCACGACCCAGUGCCCUCGCCACCACAGGGAUCCCGUGGCAGUCGUGGGUCACAUUCUCCUGCAAGAUCCCUGAGUGAGCGUGGAAGCCUUGCUGAUGGCGAGGAUCCAACACCAGUGGAUUUUUGUAGUCUGCCGAGGAAGCUGUCUGCAAGUGGCACCGUGCUCGCUCCUCGCCCAACUUUGCCGUCAGGUGAUGAUGCUCAGUCCCCGCCAAAUGGUCAAAUACAUAAAGCAUCCCAGUCUACCGAACACAGCAUCCACCCCGAACCCACCCCUUCAACGUCAAGAGAGGAAUGCACUCGAGACGCCAGCCCGAUGGGGUCACAUAAAAGCCAAGUCAGUUCACCACAAUGGGAUAACGGCCCCGCCCUUUCGAAUGGACACACCGCCGGUCUGAUCCCCGCUGCACAGGAUACGGUUGAGGGUCAUUCUAGCGGUAAUUCCUCUAAACGGUCUUCAGUAAGCGAUUUGUCAGAGGGCCUAAUACGGAAUCCCAAAUUCUCGCCUUACUCUAUCGGACCUAGCAGCGCUAGUGGGGAUUUAGCACGCUAUCCUAGUCCGGCUGGGUCAGUUAAUUCAAGUAGGCAUUCUCUUGUGUCGAAUGAGCAAGCUGGACGUUCUGAUAGCAAAAAAAGACAUUCUCCUAUCCCCGCUGUCGAUAACGUGAGGAGGAGUGCAGCAUCCCCUGGUUCUGACACCUGCGAUAGAUCACUUAGUGGAAAAGAAAUUGCGCCUUCUCCAACAGAAGUAUCACAAGCCCCUUGUGGAUCCCCGCGUCCUGUUUCUGCAGGUUCUAAUUCGUUUCGGUUUACAGUAUCGCAGAGUGGGCAAAGUCCGUCUGGAUCCCCGCGUCCUGUUUCUGCAGGUUCUAAGUCACAUCAGUCACCAUCAGCAUCUAUAACAGAAAGAGCAAGAAGCGCCGUAUCUCCUCGACUUCCCUCUGUAGCAUCAGGCAAGAUUAGCAGUGCACCUACGUCCCCUACCCCUAGGUCUACCGUUUCGGACAGAACGGGCAGUGCUACCUCGUCCCCUAGACCUGCAUUAGCCCUUUCGGACAGGGCAUCAGACAGAUCUCACCCGCCGUCAAGUCCUCCCUAUCACCUGCCUAGUAUGGAGCUACCUGCAGGAGGCCACGAGGUGUCCGCCUUUCCUCCGAGCAUCCCUCCAUCUGCCCAUAACUCUGUCAGUAGCAGCCAAAGUGUCCGUUCUACCCCACUUCUGGUGACAGGGGUCGUCUCGUUGAGUGAUACCCUGCCGUUCGAGGUGCGGCGUUCUCAUGAAGAGGGUGUGGCUCGUGUCAUACCGGGGUCAGCAGUUGGCGAGUCCGGCAGAUCGAGCCGCUCAUCAUCGAGCCCACCAUCUGCGUACUCAGCGGAGCAAGAACGACCGACAACAUCACGCCCCUGUCACACAAGCGCCACGGAAUACUACCCUGAUCGCCAAGCUCCGGGCCACCGUACGCCAGACAGACACACCCAUAACAACCACGCCCCUGAAAGCUACCCUGCUGCCCAGCAUACUCCUGAGCACCUUACCGACACUCGCAACACCCCUGACCACACCCAUGUCGGUGACUCAGAAGGAACCUCCCCCCAGUACACCCUUACCAAAGUAUCACCAGAAAUGGAAGCCCUGGUGAGGGAGAGAGAUGACUUAGCCAGAGAGCUUAGGCAGCGGACUGAGGCGUAUGAGGCGGAGCUGCGGCGACUAAGGGCUCAGAAUGACGACUUGAACCAGCAAGUGAUCACCUUGCAGGCGUUGACUUUGGAUGAUACCGAGAGAGAACGCCUGCGUGACCUUGAAGAGACCGUGAGUGCGUUACGUGUCACGCUGCAAGAGAAAGAAGCGGAGAUCACGCAACUCCAGCAGCGUUGUCAAGAGCUGGACAAGAGCAACCAAGAGCUACAGGACGAGGAGGCGAGCCUCAGGACCGUGAGCCAGCUUACCGUGCGCGACCUGAACACCAUCAAUCAACAGCUUCAGGCAGAGAUCACUGACGUCAGGCGAAAGUCUCGUGAAUCAUCGCCCCGUGGCACCAGCAGUUCAGAUGAAAUCUCCCAGCUGAGCAAGGCGCUUGGCGAAGUGGCGCGACUGAAGGAGGAAAAGCGGAGACUACAACACGAGUAUGACAAGAUAAAAAACGAACUGGAGACAACCAAAGCGCAGAAUCUGCUGAGACAACUUCGGCUGAGCAAGGGUGACGAGACACGCCCUAAAGCGCUCCCGUCAGGGGUGGUGAGACACAACAAGACAAGUUCCUCAGGGGUGGGGAGCUCGCACUACUCCUGGUCAGACAACAACUACGACUCAGCAUUCAAAGUUGGCUCCACAAAUCCGCAUGACUUCACGGAUAUAUAUAAGUCUCGUCACGUGACCUCGCAUAGACUUUACCGGAGCUCACUCGGUGAUGAUUCUGAUUAUUCUGAUAACUCGGAUAUUCUGGAAAGCCACCGACCGUAUCGCGACCGCUUCCGAACACUAAGUUCAGAAUCUUCGUCCUCUUCUCUACUGGAUUACGAUCCCGCUAUAUACCGGUCAGCGGCUUUCUCUGGUCGGGGAGAGCCUGACAAAAGAAGAUAUCGGAGCUAUCAACGGGGGAUGGGCUCGCUGACGAAUCUUUACGAAGCGUCUAACGCAAACAGUAAAGCAUCUCACCAGAAAUCAGCAACAACCAUCCCUCGGCAUGUAGAAUUCGACACCAGUCUCUCCUCUUACACUUCGGACACCUCAGUAACCACUCCUUGCAAGAAAAACGGUAUCGGGCGAAAUACUGGUACCUUCUUCACCAAGCCCUUCGCGCCAAACUCCCCACAGGAUAUUCAACUGGGCAUGCGUGUUCUGGUGACCCGGACUCGUGGCAACGUAGGAAGGGGCGUAGUCAAAUACGUGGGCUCGUUACCAGACCGCACGGACACAUACAUCGGCGUAGAGCUGGACUCGGGAGAGGGAAAACAUGAUGGGUCAUUUGGCGGAAAGAGGUUUUUUCGAUGUAAACCAAACAGAGGGAUCUUCGUCAGUUACAAUAAAGUCGUCAUGUGCUAUGGUUGAACACUAUCUGCCGACUAAAACAAUUGAUGGUUCACUCUGUAAGCGAUCCAUUGUAAAAUGUAGUCAAAGUAUUAGAAGUAUAUGUAUUCCGGAACUGAUAGGACAACGGCAAACCUUUAAUUUAAAGUACUUAAGAUAUGUGGGAAACUGUGGACGCUAUUCAGUCAUUUUAAGAAAGUAAUAGAAGUAUGUUUAUUUCGGAUGGGACACUGUACAGAAGCAAAGCUUUAGAUUAAAGUAGCUAGAAUGUAGUGGACACUGUGUACGCUGGCAAGGCUUGUCAAAAAGCGUUUAGAGUAUAUACCUAUUUCAAAAAACGUUGUCAGUGCGAAACGGCAAAUGGCGAUUGGCAAAUGGCAGUUCUAGGACCGAAAGGAACCAUGGGUCUCAUUCAAUUUCUACUAAUGCUGAAGAAUGUGGAUAAAUCAAACAAUUACCCAUUAAAGAUCAUCAAUGUAUGUCUCUGACAUUGCUAAUUUAACACCUUUAAUUUUACGAAUGAUUAGUACCCAGAAGCACCGUUCGGGCUUAGAACUGCCAUUUACUAUUUGCCAUUCGCCAUUUGCACUGACAACCUUUUUUGAAAUAGGUGUAUGGGACAUUGUAUAAAGCAACAAAUGGCUUGUUAAAAAGUAGUUAGAAUGUAUGGAAGAGACCACAAGCAAGACCUGUUAAGUACUUUAGAGUAUAGAGCUCAGUGUGUACAGAAACAAGGCUUGUUAGAAAGUAGUGUGACUAGAAAAACUACAGACAAGCUGUAGAAUAAAUAGGUGGUCUGCAUGAUGUAUGGGUAGUCUACGCAUGAUCGAUUCUGGCAAGUAAAUUAACACAAGGUUUAAAUGUUUCUGGUAAAACAGAGUACUCGAUCUUUCCAGCAUUAGCCCUUCUUCAGAGAAAAAAGGCAAAGGGAUAAAGCUCUAAAAGCCAGCAAAACGACUUUGUUUUAAUAAAGGCGUAAACAUAGUGAUUUUCAUUAACCCGUGAAAUAAAGUGUUAGUCAAUGUGUAAUAGUCAGGAAAACACAAAAGAGAAUGGAAUUAGAUCGCAAUAAAGCGUAAUACGCUAAAGUGUAGUUCACGGGUUAAUGAAAAUCACUCUACCAAUUAACCUUGUGUUAGUCUAUUUCCUUCUUCGAAAGUUACAACAGUAUAGGGAACACCGUACGUAAGCGAUGAUAUGUUAAACAGUAUGCUGGACAACAGGACAGAGCUAGAAACAGUGUUAUUACCCCCGUAUUUCACUGUACAGUGACGCCCCGCCCCCCAUCCCUGUUAUCAAUCCUGCUGAUUCUGCGGAAGCGGGGUUGCUAUUAUGAGUGAUGGUGUGAUGAGAUGGUUUUUGCUUCUUAUUUUUUAGUGUAAGGUGGAAAAUCAUUUUUUUAUUUACUAUAACAACUUACAAAUGUAUUUUAAAUCCGCUGAUGUUUGUUAUUUUAUACGCAUGCAUAAUUCCAAUGUACUAGUAAAACUUAAUUAACUUA